AUGCUGUUCUUCUUAUUUAUUUCAUUGGCUUUAUCAACAUCUUAUAUUUGGACAGGAGCUAGUAGUAACUUAUUUGAGUCAAGCUCAAAUUGGAGUCCUAAUGGCAUUCCUAAUCUUAAUGAUAAUGCUAUUAUAUGUCCAAAUGUUGAAACUAUUGUUUCUUUAACUUCAUCUAAUCAGGCAAGUUUAAUUAUUGGAGGAGUUUCUUGUAAUAACGUAACUCUUGAACUUACUGACUCUUUUAGUUCUGGUGGAAGUUAUACUGUUAGUAACAAUGGAAUUUUGUCUAUUCAAGUUAAUUCAGUAUCAUUACUUUCUCUAACUGCUUCGAUUAGUGGCAUAAUCAAGUCUACUGUAGUAACUACAUUAACUUCUCCUUCAAUAACAAUAAAUUCUGAGUGUCAAAUGACUGGUGAUAUUAAUGUUAUUUCUAGUGGGUCAGUAACAACAGGUGGUACAAUUUCAGUGUCAUUUUUGGUUUCUCCUUCAAUCAUUAUUACCAGCACCACAGCAUCUACAAUUGCAACUUCGUUUGGAAUAACAAAUAUUAAAGGAUCUGGAACUAUUGUUGGAGAUGUUGUUCUAAAUGGGAGUGGAACAAUAUCUUCAAUGAUAACUGUUCAAGGAAAAGUUACUGGAACAAACCUCAACUUAGUUUCUUUUUUUAAGAAGGUCAAUGGUAUUGACAUUUCCAAUUCAACGAUAAUAUCUAAUUCAACAGUUUCAUCUGUUGAUUCAUUUGUUACUUCUAGUACACUUGAUUCCUUUAUUUUUGAUUCAAUUCAAAAAAUGAUAAUUAAAGGAACAGUUACUUUAAAUACAAUAGAAGCGAAUCUAGUUAAUUUCAUCUUAGGAGAGUCAGACACUCUCAUCUUAUCUAAUCCAACUGGAACAAUUAACACUCAAGGUGGUCAAGUAACGAUAUCAUCUGGUUCUAUUAUUGCAACAAUUGACUCUGAACUAGCUAUUUCUGGAACAACUUUGAUUAUUGGCACUAUCAAAAAAUCCUUUUCAUGUACUUCUUCUACUAAAAUAAUUGGAAGUACUAUUACAUUCUCUUCUUUGUCUGAGUAUUUCUGUCCUACUGAUGGUUCAACUUUGACAUUUGAGGAGGAUGUUAUAGUUGGUCAUGGGAUAUUUGUUUCCUCUACAUUUAUUGGUAAAAAAAGAUUAGAAUAUAUCCACUCAAGUUUGUCAACUUCAGUUACUAUAGAAAAUGACAUUCUCAGUAUUGGGUCUAUUACUGGGAGUAUUGAAUUAAAUGGUGAUGUUCUUCAAUUAACUAACACUCUAAUAGCAACAUCUUUAAAACAAAAGUCAGGGACAUUAACAGUCAAUGCCAAUUCUAAUUCUCUUGCUAUUUCAACUCUAAUACUUACAAAAGCUAUCCUCAAUAAUGUGACAUUAUCUGAAGCUACAAUUGAUAUGAGCUUUGGACAAUCUCUUAAGGCUAUUGGAUCAGUAUUUUCUUCUAUCACUUUUAUGAAUAAUAACCCAACGGUUGAACUUAUUGAUUCGAAUGUUAGUGGGUGUGAUUGGCAAAUUAGAGUUAAUUUAUAUGGUGUGUGUAAUUUAGAACAAUGUAAUAUAAAAGAAGUUUUCUGCGAUGGGAAAAUUUCAAUGAAUUUUAUGAACAGCGAUAAGUUAAUUAAUAAGAAAGGAUCUUUUAUUGCAUUCUCUGCGUCAAACUCUCAAUGUAUUGAAAAUUAUGGCUCAAUUGAAAGUAUAGCCACUUUUAUUUCUAAGCUUGUCAAUUUUGAGACUGGAACCUUUUCAACCAAUUCAGUCUCAUUAAACAUCUUGUUUAUUAAUUAUGGGACUUUGAGUAUUACAAAAGGAAUUGGAACUAUUAUAGCAUCGACAGGGUCUCAAAAUUUUGGCAACAUUGAUGGACUUGGAAAGCUUCGAGUUAAUUUUAUUGAAUUUACUAAUGGUGGUAAUCUUCAAGUAAAUUCUGAGUUUUUAGGUUCUGUAAUUAAUCUAUAUCAGAAUGCUACUUUCAUUUCAGGCUCUGUGUUGUUUGAUGGAUGUUCUAUCGUAAUUAAGGACAGAGCACCGUUCAUUGAAACAGUCAAGUACAUUAAUUCAGUUGAAUGUCCACAAGCUAUUAUGACAACAAAUACAAUAAUAGAGAAGGCUGAAUGUAUCAAUAAAACUGUUAAGAUUCAAUGUGGUCAUGUCGAGAUAACGGCAUCAAAUCUUGGAGCAAACGAAUUGUCAUUUAAUGGGACUACUGGGUUUAUUACAACAUCAGUACUGUCAACAUUACGUAUCACGAAUAAUAAAAUGGAAUUUUCAUCAAAUACAAUUGAUGAAUUAUAUGUAACAACAAGCACAGUCUCUUCUGUAUUAACAACAAGAUACGCACAAGUAAUUCAAUCUAUGAUAAAAGAACUAGAGUGUGUCAAAGGAGAUUUUUUUGAUUCUACAGUCAUGAAUUUAAUUAUUUCUCAAGAAGCCACAUUAACAAAUCUUUGUUUAACUUCAGCAACACCAUAUCAAUAUUCUACUUUUGAGUCAAUUACAACAAAAAAUGAAAUACAUUUUAUUGGUUCAUUUAAAUUUGGUUCAUUUACUCUUGGUUCUUCAGAUGACUCGAUGAAAGUGACUUUUGACAGUAUUUCUAUACCAUCAAUACUCAAUGGAACAACAGUAGUAUCAACUUCUUUAAAAAAUGUUGAUUGUUACAAUAAAGUUCAGUUAUUUGACAUUGAAGCAGAUACAUUAACAAAUUAUGGAACAACGUUUAUUGAUUCUACUUCACAAACAAAUAUAAUAACACUAAUACUAAAAUCUGGAUCAUCACUUCAAUCAACCAAACAGAUGAUAGUAAAUUCAAUAAGAAUAGAAGAGGAUGUAGAAACAGAUAUUGACCAAUUAAGUGUAUCAAAAUCAUUAGACCCUCAAAGCGAUAUUCAUCUAGUUACAUUAAUUCUUAUUGAAAGUUGUGUAAUAGUAUCAUCAAACAAAGUUAUUUAUGUUGAUAAUAUAGUUAGUAGAGUAACAACUAAUAUUAAAGUUAAUAUUGUAGUUGGUAAACAAUGUGCUGAAAUAAUGUUUUCAACAGGAUUGAACGAAUUAAAUACAACUACAAGUUUUUCAGGAAAUUGUAUUGAUUCUGAGAUUUUUAAAUUAAACAAUUAUGGUGUUUAUGAAUAUAUACCAACAAUUAAUUUAUUAAAAAACUUUAAUAUAACUAAGAUUAGUGGAAAUUGUCCUUCUCUUAUUACAAAUUAUAAUACAUUAGUUCUUAGUGAUGCUAAUAUAACUAAUUUUUAUGGAAUUACUUGUUAUGAUGGUUCUAUAAUUAAAGGGAGUGGCGAAAUAUCUGUGCUUAGUGUUGCACAAUCAGAAGGUAUAAAUUUUCCUCGAAGUAAAAUUGAACUUGAUGGACAACUUACAAUAAAAACGUUACAAAAUAGUCCUCUUGAUAUUAUUGCAAAAAUUGAGGAAUCAGGAAAUGAUAUUCUUAUUGCAAACACUCUUAUUAAUGAAUUAAUGAAUUUUCAAGUAAUUAUAGGUAAUUUUGUUCCAUUAGAACCAAAGAAAUAUGUUAUCUUUCAACAUCAAGAAUCAACUUCUCUUAUAAUGAAUGUCACAUUAAAAGAUAUUCCAAAAGCCUCCCCAUGGAGAUAUGGAACUACUUUGACAACAUUAUUUGUUGAGUAUUUUGGUUGUGAACUAAUAUAUAACCCAGAAUCAAAAUUGUGUGAGAAGUGUCAAGGUGGUCAGUUGUUUAAUCCAGAAACAAGAAAAUGUGAAGGGUGUGACUCUGGAAUGAUUUUAAAAAAUCAACAAUGUGUUGCUUGUCCUGCUGGGUAUUUCCAAUCACAAAAUGAAUGUGUUGAAUGUCAAUUAGGUACUUAUUCAACUGAAAAAAGUACAUCUUGUUCAAAAUGUCCAUUUGGUUAUACUCCAAAUGAGAAACAAACUGAUUGUGUUUUUUGUCCAGUUGGAACUCAUUUUAUUGAUGAACCUUAUUUUAGGGGAUGUUAUCCUUGUGACCCAGGAACUUAUCGUGAUGAACAGCUAAUAGAAAGUUUUAAUUGUUCUAAGUGUCCUGUAGGUUCUGCAUCAGCCGUAAGAAAUUCAGUUCAAUGUCAAUUAUGUGAUAAAGGACAUUAUCAAGACAAAGAAGGAGAAUAUGUGUGUAAGAGGUGUAGUGAAGGAACAUAUUCAGAUGUUAUUGGUGCUACAAGUUGUAAAGUUUGUCCAGAUGGAUUCUUCCCAUAUCCAGAUAGGAGUAGAUGUUUCACAUGUCAAGCUGGAAUGGAGCUUGCUGCAAGUGGAUGUAAAGAUUGCCAACCUGGAUAUUAUAAAAAUACAACAGGGAAAUCAUGUCUUCCAUGUCCAGAAGGAACCUUUCAAAAAUAUCCUGGAAAACGUGAAUGUAAAAAAUGUGAGAUUGAGUAUGGGAAGUAUGUAAAUGAAAAUAGAACAAUGUGUUCUUUUAGAACAGAACAACCUAAUGUCAUAUUUUCAAUAAUUAUUUAUACUCUAAUUCCCUUAAUAAUUCUGUUUGGGUGUGGAAUUAUGUUUUUAUUGUCUUGUUGGGUUGACAAAAAAGAAAAGAAGAAAAGAUUUAAAGUCGUAGCGAAGAUUGAUGAAAAAGAUAAUUAA